GCUAUGCAAUCAAUGAAAAAUUCAUCACGCAUUUUAUUGCGCAAAUUAGUUUUCACAUACUUCAUUGCUUAAAAUGUUCUCUCCAUGGUAGCCGCUAUAUACGGGCAAGGUCAACACUAGACGAAUCAACAAAAAAAUCACUUUGUUAAAAGGGUUUUCUUAUUUCAAUGAAACUUUAUACGGUCUUGUACGUUUUAGAAAUUUAGGUUUUAUUGUUUUUUUCAAAUGAAAAUCAUUCGGGCUAGAAUUUCUAGGCUAAAUUGGGAGUAGUUAUUCACAUAUGUUUAUCUAGACCGUUUUUCUAGCUACACAAAAUUCUAUUAUCAAAUAAAACUCGACCGACUUUUAAAUAGUAUUGGACCGAAUACCUAAAAUCGAAAAAUUUGUAACCAUUAUACUAGCUCUGGAUCCGACGGAGGGCUGGGCUGUGGCCCGGGCUGGCCCAGCCCUAGAUCCGCCGCUGACUACGGGUCGGGCCGAGUAAUACCCGUGCGGGUACGGGGCGAGACGGGUCGACCCACUCUUACAUAUUAUUUGGAAAAAAUACAUGCAAAAUUCUAUUUUUUUCGAUAAACCGAAGGGGGAAACACUUUAUGAAUGAAAAACAGUGAUAAUAGAAUGGGUACUUGAGUCUAACUAGUUGAAAUAUCAAGUCUAACUAAUUGAAAACAAGUCAAAACAGGAAAAAAUAUGAUAUAUAAUGUAAGAAAUUGAGACAUAAUGGGUCAAGAACGGGGUGGGGCAGUGGGUCGGAAGUAGAUACCCAUGCCUCGCCCCAACACUACUGCGGGUCGGGUAAUACCCGUCCCAUCGCUGGUCAGGUCGAGUAAAACCCGGCCGGGGGGGGGGGGGGGGGGGGGGGGGGGUUCAAAUUGUCAUCCCUACUGUACACUAACUCAUUAACUACAUUCUUUUUUGUUUUUACUAUCAUUGCAAUGAUACAACUACCAUUGCACUAAAAAAGGAAAGUAAUUAAUGUGAGUUUUUAAUUCAGACAGAUUAUUAAAUGCAACACAGAGUGGGAACCUAGAUAUGGGAGAAAUCCUUCAGUUGGAUCAAAGAUCUGGCAACUUCGAGAGAAUCCAGACCGGUGGUGGUGAAAAAGUUUAUCGAGAUUGGGAUUUAUCCUCAAGAAAAGGCAAGCUCUGGCGAUAUACCCAAAUCCGCCGUUGGGAUAUAAUAUCCCGGAAAAUUUGGGGAUAAAGAUAGGAGAGGAAUCGGUGACAGAUACGGUGAAUCGAUUGGCACAUGCAGCAGCCUUGACCCUCUCAGUGAGUUCUUUCAUAAGCUCGAGAGGCAGGCAGAAAACCUAGAAGAACUGGGAGUUAUUAAGAAAAGAGAUAAUCAAACCAUGAUUGAGAACAUUGUUUACCGUCUUUAUGUUCUUUGGCUCGUUCCCCACCUCGGCUGCCUAUUGUUCUUAUCAAUGUUUAGGAUGUUUUCACAGCAUUACCAGGCCAUUGACAAGCAGGGCACCAUAUCAAUUGAACCCAUGGAUGCGGAUCAGAUUGUGAAGUUCGAGCUGGAGGAUGUUGAAGAAAGCAAGUGGAGAGAGAAAUUGAGUCUGACUGGGAGACUGUUUCUCGAGAACCCUCCAAGUCUGAAAACGAUCCGGUGGAUUGAGUUCGACUUGCUUUCUUCUCUGUACUAGAACCUGGGGACAAGAUGCUGAGGAGACAGCCACCCCUCUAGUCCUAGCAACAAGUGAAAGAGUGCCCCACACCCGUUAGGAACUUCCUUGAGCGCUCCUUUCUUCAAGCAAGAUCUAUUUGGCUACGGCUUUCUGUUGUUCUUUUCAGUACGUACAGUGAACAAGAGAUCAUCAGCUACUUUAAGAACCUUAUCCGAGUUAGAGCAAAAGAGUUUUCCGCUAUGGAGAGUGGUCCUGCUUGGGGAAAGUCAGAGUUAUGGAAGCGGAAUUGAGACUCAUCCAGUUAUUGUUCGAGGACGAGAAGGAUAUGGACUGGGCUCUUCAUUGAACCCCAUGGCACAUUAAGGACAUGAUUCUUCAGCUUCACCCGGGGAACUGGUCACUCCGAGGUGGUGGAAUCGCUGGGACGUGCUCCAUUUUGGGUGCAAAUGUAGGGAAUCCCCUCACAUUGUCGCACUGUUGCCUUUUGUCAUCGUAUGGCAGAGGCGAAACUAGGAGAAGUUAUUGAUGCUGACCUCUUUGGGAUCAAGGGAAUGCCGAGGCACUUUGUGAUGGUACUGGUGAAUCUGAACCUCCUGGAACCCACCACUCACAAUUGUUUGCCAGCAACCCGAUUGUUGGAAAAUUCUGGUUCACUCUGGUGUACGAACACUUGCCCUCUGUAUUGUUAUCAUUGUGGUCGGUUUGGACAUACUGAACAUAACUUUGUGUUUCCAUUUCCAGCAGGGGAAGAAUAUUUCAGACCGGGAUUGACUACAAAAUAAUCGGGAUACAGGCUGAAUGAUAACCUUGUCCCCUGUCAUGGAGCCCCACUGUAGAAAACGGUUUGGGUGUAUCCGGUUACUUAAGGAAAGAAGAGAAAUGGGAAAGAGGCACAAUUGGAGAUGGGGUCAAGUUCGGGGUAUCAUCCUGCGGGAAAAGCGGCAUGUGGUCCUAACUCUAACAGUGGAGAAAGGAAAGGGUGAGAAGGAGGGCCAAAAAAUGGCAGGUCCUUGCGAGGUUAAUAUGAAGAAGAGUGAUGAUCAGGGGAGACGCAAAGGAUCACAGGAUGGGAAGAAAACGCAGGAGGAGGG